CUACAGACCCAGCCAGCAUCAAGGCGGCAGCAGCCAGAGUUGAGGAGCAUCUGAAAGGCUCGGGGCUGAAUCUGUUGAUAAACAACGCUGCGAUAGGGAACAAUGGCACACUAGAGUCUGAGACACCGGAGAACAUGUCCCUUGUGUACACAACAAAUGUGACGGGACCCCUGCUGGUGAGCCAGGCGUUCCUGCCCUUGCUGAAGAAGGCUGCCCAGGGAAGCAACCAGAAAGGGCUGAGCUGCAGCAAGGCGGCCAUUGUCAACAUGUCCAGUGAGGGCGGCUCCAUCCAGAAUGUCUUUAUCUGGCAUUUGGGCCAAGCUAUUGCCUAUCGCUGCAGCAAGGCUGCUCUGAACAUGCUCACCAAGUGCCAAUCCUUGGGGUAUGGAGGAGAUGGGAUCCUGAGCAUCGCUGUUCAUCCUGGCUGGGUGCAGACUGACAUGGGGAGCUUCACGGCCCCACUGACGGUGGAUGCAAGUGUCCGAGGGAUCCUGAACGUGCUCCCGACGCUCUCUGAGAAGGACAAUGGGGCCUUCAUGAGCUGGGAAGGGAAAGUUCUUCCCUGGUGAGACGCCCCCU